GGCGGUGGCCGUUAUAUCUGAGGUGCCCCCCAAGUCGCCUCGCCACCAUGGGAUCGCCACUGCUGCGAUCCUCCUCUCGAAGCUUCUAGGGUUCCUCCCCUGUUUCCUCCCACCUCUCUCCACUUUACCCCAAUCUAUCUCUCGUCUUGAUAGAAUUCCGUCGAAUUCGUCCGCCCAUGUCCCUUAGAUCCGGCGGGCGGAAGGUCUCCUUCGACCUCCUCGCCGGCGACAGCUCCGGCGACGACGGAAGCCUCUCCCUUCGGCCGUCUGCCGUCCUCUCGAACGGAGAUGAAGACAGCCGCUCGACCCGCCGGAAGCGGAAAUCCAAGGCCUCGAAGAAAAAGAAGUUGGGCGAGAGGGCGGCACUGGCAGUGGAUCGGGGCCUCUUUGUGGGAGUAGAUCUUGAGAAGCCGUCCGGUCACUACGAUGAUGGGAUGGGUCUCAGCGUCUCGGAGAGCAGAUCGGUGGAGUCAUCCGUGUGUGAGAACACGGUGGUGGAGCCAGCGCCGGAGCUGGAGAGCUCCCAAGUGAGCUGUGUUUCUUUUGUGGAGCUGAGGCAGAGGAUCGCGAACGGGAGUGCUGACGAUGUGCUUGGGGAGGAGGAGACCAGCACCAGGGAGAAUUCCACAGGACAAUGGAGGCCAGAAUCGAAGGAAAAAAUCACUAAGUUGGAGAAAGAGGGAUCGUUGGAUUGGAAUCGGGUAAUGGCCGAAGAUCCAAAUCUGCUAGGAGGAGUCUCAUCUUCGGACAGGUCACCUAUAAAAUACUUUAUGGGAGAGAUCUAUGGGGGUAACUCACUUAGAAGCACAAUAUCUGCUGGGAAUGAGAAGAAACGUCAGGGGGUCUAUAAUACCAUGUUCCAUGUUCCUUGGAGAUGUGAACGGCUUAUUGUUGCAGGCUUCUUUGUCUGUUUGGAUUCAUUUCUGUCAUUGCUAACUAUUAUGCCAGCACGAAUUCUUAUGACCAUUUGGAGGGUGCUGCAUACCAGGCAGUUUCAGAAGCCAAAUGCUGCUGAGUUAUCAGAUUUUGGUUGUUUCAUUGUGUUGGCUAUAGGAAUAAUCCCGCUACAAAUGACAGAUAUCAGCCUGAUAUAUCAUAUUAUACGUGGACAAGGAAUAAUCAAACUCUAUGUGGUAUACAAUGUAUUAGAGAUAUUUGACAAACUCUGUCAAUCUUUUGGUGAAGAUGUUUUGCAAGUUCUCUUCAAUUCUGCAGAAGGGCUUUCAAAUUGUUCACCAGACAAUAUGAUCUUUCAACUGAUGAGGUUCAUUUUGGAUGAAGCAAUAGCCAUCAUUGCAUUUGUUGUCCAUUCUUUCAUCUUAUUGGCUCAGGCUAUCACUUUAUCAACUUGUAUUAUUGGCCACAACAAUGCUUUGCUGGCUCUACUGGUGUCAAAUAACUUCUCUGAGGUUAAAAGCAAUGUAUUCAAACGUGUUAGCAAAGAAAACCUUCACAGUUUGGUAUACUAUGAUAUCAUUGAGAGGUUCCACAUAACAACUUAUGUGUUGUUUGUGCUAUCUCAGAAUAUCUUGGAGGCUGAGGGACCCUGGUUUGAGAGUUUUGCUAUCGAUGUCCUCCAGGUUUAUUUGUGUGAAACAUUUAUUGACACAAUCAAGCAUUCAUUUCUUGCGAAAUUUAAUGAAAUAAAACCCAGUGCAUACUCAGAGUUUCUAGAGGACCUUUGCAAACAGACUCUGAAUGAGAAGCCUAAUGAGCAUCGGAAAGACCUUACUUUCAUUCCUCUUGCACCAGCCAGUGUGGUCAUCCGAGUUCUAACUCCAGUCUAUGCGAUUGUUCUUCCCUAUGGUCCACUCCCAUGGAGGAUAUUCUGGAUCAUCUUCUGGUCAAGCCUGACCUACAUCAUGCUUGCCAUUUGCAAGAUGCUUGUAGGACUGAGUCUUCGCCGCCUUGCCACUUGGUACAUUAAUCAGCGGCUUGAGAGCAAACAACAUGUGGACUGAUACCUUUGCUUGGUCUGAUCUGAGUGGAAGUUCUCUAGCCUGGGGUUUAUGAUGAGGGUUCCAUCAAGCAAUGCAACAUCACCAGCCUACAGAUAGAGGUGCUCACCAGACGGAGCAGUUUCUUGCCUUCAUAUUAAGUUGUGCAUAAAUUAUGCAAAUCAAAAUGUACCUCUGUGCUCCAAUCCUUGUAUCCAUUGAGAUCAAACGCCCAGCAUCUUGCUUGAAUUUUGCUUUUAUAUGGCUGCAAAUCCCAGGUGAUGAUAAAACGGAAAUAGUCCUGAAAUCUGGCAGAUCUCCCUUUCAUUUUACCUCUGUUUACCUGAAUGAAACGGUAUGAUUUUAUGAAUUCUUUUACAGGCUACAUUUUCAAA